AUGCCAACACCGGCCGCAGUACUUAAGAAAAAAGCUGCAGCGAAAAAUCCACCGAUUUUCAGUCACGAUUUUAUAAUACAAAAUCAUGGUGAUAUUACAAGUGGUAUUUUAAUGGUUCUAGCAGUUGGUACAAUAUUGCAGGUGACAUCAUCUUAUUGUACAGCAUUUUUUGGUCCUAGUCAUAAUAUAACAAAUUUAAAUGCAAUUGACCGUUCAACAGUAUUACUUUUUAAUUAUGGUUAUAAAGAUUUGGCUAUGCUCUUUGCUUAUACACUUAUCUGUAUAACAAUUCAUGCUAUUUGGCAAGAAUAUGUAUUAGAUAAAAUAUAUAAAAGAUUACAUCUAUCAAAAUCAAAAAAUGAGAAAUUAUUUGAAUCAGGUCAACUUAUUCUAUUCUAUAUCAUUAGUGUUUUAUGGGCUUUCAUGUUAUUCAAAGAUGAAGGAUAUUUACAAUCAGGUUUAGAUUAUCUUUGGCGUGAUUAUCCUUAUGUUGGUAUGACAACAUGGACAAAAUUAUAUUUUAUUAUUCAAAUUUCAUAUUGGUUACAUAAUUAUCCAGAAUUAUAUUUACAAAAAGUUCGAAAAGAAGAUAUAUCAUCUCGUAUUAUCUAUACAAGUUUAUAUUUAAUAGUAAUUCUCUAUAGUUAUUUAACACGUUUUUGGCGUAUAUCAAUUAUUUUAUUGACAAUACAUUAUUUAAUUGAAAUCUUCUAUCAUUCCUCACGUUUAGCUUAUUUUUAUACGAAUGCAAAAACGAAUUCAAAUACAGCUAAAACAGUAUCAAAAAAAUUAUUUCAACUAUGGAAUUGUAGUUUUAUUUUUGGACGUUUAGUAUCAGUUGUUUUAAUUUGGUUAACAUUUUGGUUUGGUUUAAAAAGUUCAUCUGUUGAUAGCGUAUCAUUCCUGUCAACUCCUCUAGCAAAUUCAAAUGAUAAUAAUGAUACAUUACCGGAAACAGUUUUUAUUUCUAAUUUUAAUACACCAUUCGUUCGUUUUAUUACACUUAUUCUUAGCGGUACUUUACAAUUUUGGCUUGUUUGGAAUUUUAUACAGUUUCAUAUGAAACGUCGACGUGAUCGAAAUAAUACACAAACAACAGUUAUAGCUUCACCAAAAACUCCAAAACUUAAACAAAAACAACAAGAUUUAGCUCAAUCUAAAUCAGAAAAUGACGAAACCACUGAACAAGUUGCUCAACCUGCUGCUAGUGGUCGUGGCAAUAAAAAAGGCAACUAA